AUGUUUUCAAGAGAUCACUACCUUAUUAAUUCAUGCGAAGAACGAAAUCUCAAACUUAUUAAAUCGCUUACAGAGAGUGGUAAUUAUAAACAAGAAAAAUCUUUCAGUUUGCAUCUAAUUUCAGCAUCAUCUAAAGGUCAUCUUGAAGUUGUUAAAUAUCUUAUAUCUAUUGGAGCUGAUAAAGAAGCAAAGGAUAAUUAUGGAUGCACUCCACUCAUUAUAGCAUCAGAAAAUGGUCAUCUUGAAGUUGUUGAAUAUCUUAUCUCUAUUGGAGCUGAUAAGGAAGCAAAGGAUAUUUAUGGAUGUACUCCACUCAUGUGUGCAUCAGAAAAUGGUCAUCUUGAAGUUGUUGAAUAUCUUAUCUCUGUUGGAGCUGAUAAAGAAUCAAGGAGUAAGCUUGGAUACACUCCACUCAUUUGUGCAUCACAAAAUGGUCAUCUUGAAGUUGUUGAAUAUCUUAUCUCUAUUGGAGCUGAUAAGGAAGCAAAGGAUAUUUAUGGAUGUACUCCACUCAUGUGUGCAUCAGAAAAUGGUUAUCUUGAUGUUGUUGAAUAUCUUAUCUCUAUUGGAGCUGAUAAAGAAGAAAGGACCAAUGAUGGAAAGACUGUUUGUGAUGUCGCAAAUAGUUCUGUUAAAAAAUACUUUUUGUGUAACAAAACUGAAUAG